UCUCAGAGUUGCUCAGAAUUCAGUCCCCCUUUUUGUUUUUUUUUUCCUUUCCGACAACAACUCUGCGAAGAAUGGCAACCGCUGCGACUGGCCAAUACACUGGGCCUGGGACGUACCGCGUCAGCUACAGCUUUCAUCCACAGACGCAGGGCGAGCUGCAGCUGAGCGUGGGCGACUUUGUCCAGGUCCAGCAGAUGAGCAGCCGCGGAUGGGUCUUUUGCACAGCCAGGAACGGGCGCACUGGAUACGCGCCGCUCAGCUUCCUCUCUCCAGUCGCAGGAGGGUCGGGUAACAUGCCUCCUACUGCUGCUGCUGCUGCUGCUGGUGCUCCUGCUCCUGCUCCUGGUCCUGCUGCGGCCUCCCAGUCCGCCGCUCCUGCAGCCGCGCAAGGCACUUCUGCUUCUUCUUCCUCCUCUUCUGCAGCUUCGUCGUCGUCAUCCCAGGCCUCACCAGGACGUGGCCCAAGGUCGCUGUUGAAUGGCAAUGCAUCGACAGUAGCGGCGUCCCGUGGACUGUCUUCACUUCCCGAUGGCGUCGCAGCGCCGUCUGUGCCCGCGAUCGCGCUCUUCGCAUUCGAAGGACAGGACGUCAACGAACUGUCCAUCCAGACCAACGACCAGCUUCUUGUCACACCCGGCGCACCUGGUGGUUGGUGGCUUGCCUCAAAUAGUGCUGGGCAGUUUGGCUAUCUUCCAGCCAACUAUGUCAAAGUCACUGGCGCUGCGGGCGGCCGAGGAGCUCCACCCUCUACACCAAAAAAUCGACCCUUGUCCCGGCUCUUUGGAAAGGGGCCCAGCUAUGCUCGAUUGAAUGCUGGAGACGAUGAGGCAAGUGCAGCCUUGGUGCCCGCAAGUCCGAAAGAUGCUCCCGCCGCGGCUCAACCAGCCCCAGUGGUCCCUGCCGUCGCUCCGGUUCCGCAAGCCCCAGUCAGUCCAGCGCAGCGAGCGUGCGCCGAAAUCUUGGCCUUUGCUGAGCAAGUCAGGGCGAUGGGCUUCUCACAGUCUAAUAUCGAUCUCGUCGUGCGGCAAAAUGCAUCGAAAUCGGAUUGGUCUCUGAGCGAUUUUAUUGAUGCUGUUCUGGCGGCAGAUUUCGCUGCUCCUGGCCCUGCUGCUGCUACUCCCAGCGCGAGAUCGGCGUCAGCUCCUGUGGUCCGGCCAUCGCCAAGCAACAGCAUUUUGGAUGACGACGCAGCUGUCCACUCGCUUUCGUUGCCGCGCCCUCUUUCGGCCUCGUUUGGCGCCGUGCCCGGACACAAUGCGGGAGGUGCUUCCCCCUUUGCCAACAACUUUACAGCAAGCGCCCAGCUCGACAACCCAUUCACAGUUCCGCUCAAUCCGCACGCCAAUCCGUUCUUGAUGCCUACUUCUGACUCGGCUCGGCCGAACGGCGCGGCAUCACCCCCAGCACCUCCGGAAGCCGAAGCGCCCAACUCGCACCUCAGAGAGCUGAACCAAUUGCGUGAGGAAAUCCAGAAGCUGCGUGAUCAAGAAACGUGCAUUGUGUGUAUGGAUGCCGCCAUUCAGUUUGCCUUUGUGCCGUGUGGUCACUAUGUGUGUUGCGACAUUAACGGCUGCGCGUCUUCGCUGGUCGACAAACCCUGCCCACUUUGCCGUGCGCUUGUCACCAAGAUUCAGCGCAUUUACAAGUCUACUUGAUUGUACUGGGUUUUUGUUGGCUCUGCGCGUCUCUCUUGUGCUGUGUUUGUGUUUCUUGUUCCGUUGACCCCCAUUGAAGAUAACAUUGUUGUUGGCAUGAAUGUUGUUGUUGUUGUUUUUUUUUUUUCUUUUUUGUUAUUUUUACUUUUGGUUGUGUCGCUCUCUCCCCACCCCCUUCCUGAAAAUAGCAUCUUGGUAGACAA